AUUUCUGCCUCGAUCAUGGACCCGCCAUCACGCGGUAAGAUAAGAGAAACACCGAGAACCCGAAAAGUCCGCAAAAGGGUCGGGAGGCGGGAACCUGACUUGAGGAGGAGGAGGGUACCAGGAGAGCAGCCAAUCCUGCGCUCCCCGGGAGGAAGAGGAGGAGCCAGGGCCCGCGGGCCCCCCACUGCUCACUCCCGCGCUGCGCCGACCCCGCAGUCUUCUCCCUGUCCAGCGCUCCGGCUCGCGGAGGACUCCCCUGGUGCAGACAUGGCCUCGGGCGCCGCCUGCGCCGCGGUGAAGAUUGGAAUAAUUGGUGGAACGGGCUUGGAUGAUCCAGAAAUUUUAGAAGGAAGAACCGAGAAGUACGUGGAUACUCCAUUUGGCAAGCCAUCUGAUGCCUUAAUUUUGGGGAAGAUAAAAAACGUUGACUGUGUACUUCUUGCAAGACAUGGGAGACAGCAUACCAUCAUGCCUUCAAAAGUCAACUACCAGGCCAACAUCUGGGCUUUGAAGGAAGAGGGUUGUACGCAUGUCAUAGUGACCACAGCUUGUGGGUCCUUGAGAGAGGAGAUCCAGCCUGGUGACAUGGUCAUCAUCGAUCAGUUCAUUGACAGGACAUCCCUGAGGCCUCAGACCUUCUAUGAUGGAAGUCACUGUGGCGCCAGAGGAGUGUGCCACAUCCCAAUGGCUGAACCGUUUUGCCCCAAAACAAGAGAGGUCCUCAUAGAAACAGCUAAGAAGCUUGGACUUCGAUGCCAUUCAAAGGGGACAAUAGUCACAAUUGAGGGACCUCGUUUCAGCUCUCGGGCAGAAAGCUUUGUAUUCCGCACUUGGGGUGCGGAUGUUAUCAAUAUGACUACAGUUCCAGAGGUGGUGCUUGCUAAGGAGGCUGGAAUUUGCUAUGCAAGCAUUGCCAUGGCAACCGAUUAUGAUUGUUGGAAGGAGCAUGAAGAAGCGGUGUCAGUGGACGGGGUUCUAAAGACCAUGAAAGAAAAUGCCAACAAAGCCAAAAGUUUACUCCUUACUACCAUACCUCAAAUAGGGUCAAUGGAAUGGUCAGAAACGCUCCGUAACCUGAAGAACAUGGCCCAGAGUUCUGUUUUACCGCCAAGACAUUAAAACAGCAUGGCCGCCACGAGGAGACUUACUACUACUUCUAGUCUUUGGGAGAUUUUGCUUAAACAAAAACAGGGCAGUUAUGUGGUCUUCAUGCCUUUGCCUGGAAAGAAGAACAUAGAAAGAGAGGCAUCGCGCUCCAAGAUACCCACACCUCCAGAACCCAGAAGGAAGACAACGGCCUGCAGAAAUGUAAGAGAACAAAGCAAGCCCGGACCUUGUCAAUCAUUUCUCCUGUUAAACUGACAGCAGUGAAGUCUGGCGAGAACACCCAUUUCCCGGAGUAUGAGCUGGAAACGGGACUGUAGGGUUGUAAAUUGGCGCCAUCUUUCGGAAGGGCGGUUUGGUACAAUGCAUCUGAGGCUUAAAUAUACUUAAUGCACUUUGGUA